CAUCCCCAAAAAUCCAAAACCCCAAAACCCAACUCAAGAAGAAGAUGCCCAAGGUGCCACUAGCACUUUUGUCAAAAAAGCUAAAAUGAACAGGGUGCGCCAAGUAGCGGCUGUCUAUAAAAUGCCCCAUUAAUCAGUUAAACCGGAAAUCUUCUCGUUGUUUGCUUGAGAAAAAACAUUCCUCUUUCCCUUUCUCUUUCUCCUUCUGAUAGCUCAGCCAAAAGCCACUGCAGCUUCUCUUUUUCCCUCUCUAAAACCAGUGAAGAAAAGCUCCCUUUCUUUCCUUUUUCUUUUCUUUGAUUGAAUUCUAAGUUAUGGCAAUGAAUGAAGUUGAAAGCUUCAAACUUCACUUCAAUUUUCGUUACUCUUAGUAAAAAGCUUUAAUCUUUAUUUUUUCUUUCUCCUUUUUGAAGAAGCUUUGUGAUCUCUUGAUCGCUUGUUUCUAGUGUUUCGGCUUCAAUAUCUCUGGUGACAAAAUAACGAAAUCUUUUUAACUUUUUGCGUUGAUUUCUUUCUUUGCUGGCAAAAUUGAGCUUAGAAAUUGAGUGAUACAUGUCGUCCGAUAUAAGCUAGAGGCUUUACUGUAACUUUGUAGUUCUAAAUUGGUUUUGCUGAGCAAAAUUUUUUAACAAAAUUCAUGGCUAAAUGCAGUACGUAUUGGUGCUCUGGAAUCUUUGUUAUGGAUCUUGCAAGUUUAAUUUUUUAUUUCAAAUUGUGAGAUUUGUGAGAGGUAGUAGAGUUUAGUGGAGCAGGGGUUUUAUAGCCUGGUUGUUGGGGGUGGUGUGAGGAAUGGGUAGGGAUCGUCUGCUUUUGACUACAGUAGGACCACCGAUAAAAGCACGCGCGGGGUUACUGAGAAAACAAGCAGGAAGAGGCUCUUACAGGGGAAGCUAGCUUGGGUGCAUGAAAUUAGGGUUUUGUUUUGGUGGAGGUUUUAUUUAACUGACAAAGUUGGUUUUUGGGGGGGAAGUUAGGAAUUUUUGAGGGAGGAUGGGUACUGACUUGCAUAAUAUACUGAGGAGCCUCUGCUUCAACACAGAGUGGAAGUACGCAGUGUUUUGGAAGCUCAAGCAUCGAACUCGCAUGGUGUUAACUUGGGAAGAUGCUUACUGUGACAAUUUUGAGCAACAUAAUCCUUUAGAGAAUAAGUGCUUCAGGGAGACACUGGAAAACUUGUGUGGUGGGCCUUUUUCACAUGAUCCGCUUGGAUUAGCUGUGGCAAAGAUGUCAUAUCAUGUAUAUUCUCUUGGGGAAGGGAUUGUUGGACAGGUGGCAGUUACUGGAAAACAUCGAUGGAUCAUUGCAGAUAAGCUUGUAACCAGUUCCAUCUCGUCAUUUGAGUUCUCAGAUGGCUGGCAAAGUCAGUUUUCAGCUGGGAUCAGGACCAUUGUUGUUGUAGCUGUUGUUCCAUUUGGAGUUGUACAGCUCGGCUCUUUGAAUAAAGUUGCUGAGGAUAUGAAGCUGGUAACCCAUAUAAAAGAUGUCUUUUUAUCCCUUCAAGAUUCCUCAGUUGGGCAUGUUACUGGUCCACUGCAAUAUAGUAUGAAGAAUUCUUUGUAUAUGCCAGAUUUACCUACUAAAGGAUUGGAUUCAGAAUCAGAGGUUAUUCCUGGUAGUCUAUGCAAUCUAGAUAAAGCUACAGACAAGGAAGGGCAGCCUAUGUUUCCUUAUUUACAGAAAAAAUGCGAUAAUUCUUAUUUUUGUUCCCUUCCUGGUAUACAUCAGAAUACAACAGAUGAAGUGGUAAAUAAACCUGGAGGGCAUGUACUAUCCACACUGAUGAAUGAUAAGAGUGUCAAAUCACCUCAGCUUAUAUCUUAUAAUUCCUAUUUGGAGCAGCAAAAUCAAGUAGGAAUAGAUUUUGUAGAUGACCACAAAUGUGGAGGGGGGACUAGUGCUUGGAAAGAUCCAGGCGAGCCAUCAAAACUCGAUGUAAUUCCACAUUUAAAUAAUUCUGUUAAGGAUAAUAUAAGGUUAUGUGAUGUUAUACUUCCUAAUGAAAAGUUUGAAGCUGAUCCUGUGAACUACCUGGUCAAUCUCCUUGGCUCUACCGUUUGUGAUCGAUCUAAGUCAGAUGGCAUAGAUGUUCAUCUACAUGGGAUGUUGGGCAUGCCUGAAUUUUCAGAUAUGAGCAUGAAAAAUGAGUUGGAGAAGAAGCUAGAGUAUCAAGCUGGGACAAGUCACUUAGACACCUCAAACACAUUUUUAAAGUUCUCUGCUGGCUGUGAGCUACAUGAAGCUCUAGGACCAGCUUUUUCAAAAGGGUAUCUCUAUUUUGAUUGUGAAACAGAGAAUACUGAAGCCAGGAACAUUGUUGAGGUGCCAGAGGGGUUAAGUAUUAGCCAGAUGACAUUUGACACAGGUCCAGAUAAUCUUCUAGAAGCAGUUGUAGGUAAAGUUUGCUAUAGCAGCAGUGAUGUGAAAAGUGAGAAAUCAAUCUGUAAAUCUGUGCAAUCUCAGUUAACAACUGAGAAAAUUUCAGAGCCUUCUAGCCGGCCCAAACAUAUUAUCCAUUCAGCUGGUUAUUCAAUUAAUCAGCAGUCUGUUGUUGAAGAGUAUACACAGAAUUGCUCAAGCUCAACAGGGGUCUGUGCUACAAUGUCUCCUAGAGGAUUUUCAUCAACUUGUCCAAGUACCUGUAGUGAACAUUUAGAUAGGCGCUCAGUACCAGCUAAGAAUAACAAAAAGAGGGCAAGACCUGGUGAAAACUGUAGGCCUAGGCCAAGGGAUAGACAACUGAUUCAAGAUCGUAUUAAGGAGCUGAGAGAGCUUGUGCCCAAUGGUGCAAAGUGCAGUAUUGAUUCCUUGCUGGAGCGCACGAUCAAACACAUGCUCUUUUUAGAAAGUAUCACAAAGCAUGCUGACAAGAUCAAUAAAUGUGCUGAAUCAAAGAUGUAUCAGAAGCGAACAGACGCCUCUAACUAUGAAAAGGGUUCAAGCUGGGCAGUGGAGGUGGGAGGCCACCUAAAAGUUUCUUCAAUAGUAGUAGAGAACCUAAACAAAAAUGGGCAGAUGCUUGUAGAGAUGCUAUGUGAGGAAUGCAGUCAUUUUCUUGAGAUAGCAGAAGCUAUCAGAAGCUUGGGUCUGACCAUCUUGAAAGGGAUUACAGAAGUGCAUGGUGAGAAGUUAUGGAUAUGUUUCAUGGUUGAGGGUCAAAACAACAGAGUCAUUCAUAGAAUGGAUAUCCUAUGGUCACUCGUGCAGAUAUUGCAACCUAAGACUUUAAACUAGCAACAAAGACCAGUCAGCUCAUGGAGAUUGUCGUGUUGCUCCUCUGUAAAAUAGUGAGUCAUUCACUCAUUUGUGAUCUUUGAUUGGCAUUUUUUUUAGUCGUGAUUCUUGUUUUGUAUUCUCCUUUUCCUGAAAUAAAAAGGAAAUGAAAAGAAAUGAAGACCAGCAUUUAUGUGAA